AUGACCAGUUUAUAUUGUCAGAAAUGUAGGGAGCCGCUACGAAUAGACGGCUCGCUUGAACAUCUCAGCGCAGCCUCGUUCAAGAUCCUUGCAGAUGCGGCACCGCUUUUGAAACCGAAGGCUCCAGGCCCUGCACACUCUGUGACAGCAAGAGACCGCCAAGCGCUAUACGAUGAUGUUUCCAAGGAUGCAGGCGCUCCACUACAUAAGCGGCAGAUAUCUGCUGGCCAGAAGAUGUCGAGUAGCAAGUCCCGCACCGACAUGUCAUAUAUCCUUUUAGGCGAUUCGCAAAUGAUAACACCAGAUCAGUCAAAGGGCAACGGAUCAAAUGCAGGAAAUCGCACCUUACGCAAGACUGCGGAUCACGCGAGCCCUGCGGAUGGCCAAACAUCGCUCUCGCAGAACAUGGAGACUGCCAUACGACUUUUCGAGGUGCUUUCGUCUAGGUCCGAUAUCGAUCACCCAGUCUGUUCCGACUGCACAGAGCUUUUGCUCGAGAACUUCCAGAGGCGUCAAGCUGACGUGAUUCGUGAACGAGAUGCAUACGCUGAGUUCGUUAGAAGCGCACAACAAGAUGCCCCUACCCCGGAGGAAAAGGCAGAAACACAGAAGGCCCUCAAAGAGGCGAAGCAACUAGAGAGACGUGCGCUCGAUGAACUUGAAGCCCUUGAGCGGGAGAAGGCAAAAAUGGAAUUGGAAAUUGCCGCCCUAGAGGACGAAGGUACGGCACUUGAGGAGGAAGAGGAAGCAUUUUGGCGUGAACGGAACGCCUUUGCGGCGAAACUUUCAAUGUUCGAAAGCGAGCGCGACAGUCUGCAGACACAAUUAUCGCACGAAACCUCACUGCUGGAAGCUCUUCAAAGGACGAACGUCUACAACGAUACAUUUUGCAUUGGUCACGAUGGAACCUUCGGCACGAUAAACGGGCUGAGAUUAGGCCGGACUACCGAGCACCCGGUCGAUUGGUCUGAGAUUAAUGCUGCUUGGGGCCAGACGUUGCUGCUCUUGACCGUUGUCACUGAAAAACUCGGCAUAAGUCUGAGGGGUUACGAACUCGUGCCUGUUGGGUCCACCUCCAAGGUCAUCAAGAUCGAUCAAUCGCAGACCGCCUCGAUCAUUGACAGCCGAGCAAAACGGACCGUCUUCGAAUUAUACAGCAGUGGCGAUUUGCCGCUCGGCUUGGGCUUUCUACACCGCAAUUUCGACAACGCAAUGAUAGCAUUUCUGGAAUGCCUGCGUCAGACUGGUGAGCAUGUCGAGAACACCACCCCGAGGCAGAACACGACUGGACUUCGGAUGCCUUAUCCGAUUGUGAAGGACAAAAUUGGAGACGUCAGCAUCAAGUUGGGCAACUUCGGGCAAGAAGAGCAAUGGACUAAAGCUUGCAAAUACACUCUGACUUGCUGCAAAUUUCUACUUGCUCAUGCCAGUCAUAUAUCUGACGUGGCAGAGACAAGAUCGGUGCGCUAA